UUAGUCAGAUUAGAGCUUUGAAAAUCUUGCCACCAAUCCAAAGUCAAAACAACUUGUGUGACUAAUGUCAAGAUCUAACAACUACACACAAUUUCACUUUAAAUUUCCCACACCCACUUUAUCUUUUUCAUCUUCCGUUGGUAAAUUUCGUAAUGCCCACCACCUGUUUGAUAAAAAGCCAACACAUGAUUACUGUCUGCUUUUCUUGCUUCCUUCACAAGUGAUCGACACUAAACGGUACUGUGGUUUCAUUUCUGUUGUGGGUCUGGUUUGAGAAUCAAUAAAAGAGUUUACUUUCUUCUAGCUUGAGAUUUUAAAUCAUUAAAGACUCUCAUGUGCCAUUGAGUGUUUUCUCGGUUGCUUCUUUUACAAGCUUUCUUUAAUCUUCUUGCUUCUGUUUCUGUUUUGCUUUUUGUUUCUUUGAGGUUUUGGGAUUUGGGUUCCAAAUCUUGCUAUUGAUUCAUCUUAUUGUAUAGGGAUUUGAAUCUUUUGAUCUAUUUUGGGCCUUUAAUUUCAUCAUCUUGUUCUAUAUUAGCAACUUGGUAUUUUAGGGAUGUGCUGAACUUGUCAAAUUGGGGUUUUUCUGAUCAAUGAAUUUCCUCAGUUGGGUGUUGUUUGCCUUGUUCUUUUGUUCAUGUUUGGGUGUCAAAACCCUAAGCCAAACAUGUGAUCCGGUUGAUCUGGUAGCUCUAAAGGAGCUUGCUUUAGGUUUAACAAAUGGGUCUGGACUUUCAUCUUGGUCCAGUGAUGCCAUUUGCUGUCACUGGGACGGUGUCGUGUGCGAAAACGAUGCGAAAAAUGUUUCGAAAGUUGCUAUGCUGAACUUGUCUGCAAAAGGGCUAAAGGGUGUGAUCUCAGGUUCUAUAUCUCAGUUGCAAAAUUUGAGAUUUCUUGAUCUUUCGUAUAAUCAAUUCGAAGGAGAAUUGCCGAAAAAUCUUUCGAAUUUGAAGAAUCUUCAAGUUGUUAAUGUGUCCAGCAAUUAUUUAUCUGGGAAUCUAUCAGGUUUUGGGAAUUUUCCAAAUCUAAUUGCAUUCAACUUGAGCAACAAUUCGUUUUCGGGUGAAUUCAAUUCACAAAUUUGCAAUUCGUCAACCGAUCUUCGGUUUCUCGAUCUGUCAAUGAAUAAUUUCACUGGCAAUCUUGAAAAUUUUCACACCUGUGGCAAAUCUAUUCAAGAACUUCACAUCCAUUCCAACUCAUUUUCAGGCGAUAUACCGGAGUUUAUAUACUCGUUUUCGUCCCUGAAACGGCUCUCUCUUUCGUCGAACAACUUUUCCGGCGAGCUCAGUACGAAUCUCGGUAAACUUUCGAACCUCCAAUCGUUCGUUUUAUUCGGUAACCGGUUUGCAGGCCCACUUCCUAAUGUGUUCAACAACUUAACACAUUUGGAAGAGUUAACUGCACAUACAAACUCAUUCUCAGGGCCAUUGCCUUCCACCAUUGAAGCAUGUUCUAGUCUAAGAGUUCUUGAUCUUCGUAACAAUUCGUUAUCGGGUGUUUUGAUUACCAAUUUCUCCAAGUUUCCUAAUUUAUGCAUUCUUGAUCUUGGUAGUAAUAAGUUUAAAGGUUCUUUACCAAUCUCACUUUCAAAUUGUCAUGAACUGAGAAUCUUGAAUCUUGCAAAGAACGAAUUGUAUGGAGAAAUUCCCGUUAGCUACUCGAACCUUUCGAAUCUUUCGUUUCUCUCGUUUUCUAACAAUGGUUUGACGAAUUUGCCACUCGCGUUAUCUGUAUUACAAAACUGCAAGAAUCUAUCGACUCUUAUAUUGACUAAAAACUUUCGUGGGGAAGAAAUUCCCGUUAAUGCGAACGGGUUCGAGAGGUUAAUGGUUCUUGCAGUUGCAAAUUCGGGACUCACGGGUCAAAUCCCGAAAUGGUUAAUCGGUUGUCCGAAGCUAGAGGUACUCGAUUUAUCGUGGAAUCGCUUAAAUGGGGGGAUACCGUCUUGGAUCGGUCAAAUGGAGAGGCUGUUUUACUUGGAUUUUUCGAAUAAUUCGCUCUCGGGUCAACUCCCGAAGAGUUUGACCGAGUUGAAGAGUUUGGUUUCUUUGAACAUAAGUUCUUCGAUUCUUGGAUCGACUACUGGAAUCCCGUUGUUUGUUAAGAGGAAUCAAAGUGGUAGAGGGCUUCAGUACAAUCAAGUUGCAAGCUUUCCUCCGUCAAUUUACCUCAGCAACAACAAAUUAAACGGUUUGAUUUUGCCGGAAAUCGGGAAGUUAAUACAGCUUCAUGUACUGGAUUUGAGCAAGAACAAUCUGAGCGGAACGAUCCCGAGCACGAUUUCUGAAAUGAGAAAUUUGGAGGUUUUGGAUUUGUCGUCAAACGAUCUUCAUGGAUCGAUUCCGAGUUCGUUAAACACGCUCUCAUUUCUUUCGAUGUUUUCCGUUGCACAUAAUCACUUGGAAGGUCCGAUUCCUACCGGAACUCAGUUUUCGGGAUUCCCGGCCUCGAGCUUCGAAGGUAAUUCGGGUCUUUGCGGGGAAUCUCUUCCUCGUUGCGGGCUGAAAACAACUCCAUCUCUUCGUUCCAGUUCGCAUAGAAAACUUGGGAGAAGCAGUAUCAUUGGAAUAACACUCGGUAUCGUAGCCGUAAUCAUGAUCUUGCUCGGAAUCGUUCUUCUCAGAAUGUCGAGAAAAAAACACCGGGAUUCGCUUUCGAAAUUAGAAGAUGAGAAUUACAGCGUUGCAAACGGGUUAUCGGGUGGGCCAAACGGGUCAAAGCCCGUAUUUUUCCCGGCAUCUGGUUGCAAGGACCUCACGGUUUCAAACAUAGUCGAAGCAACGAAUAACUUCAGCCAAUCUAACAUAAUCGGGUGUGGCGGGUUUGGGCUCGUUUACAAAGCCACAUUUCCUAACGGCUCAAAAGCAGCAAUCAAGAGACUUUCGGGUGAUUGCGGUCAAAUGGAACGCGAAUUUCAUGCAGAAGUUGAAGCUCUUUCAAGAGCCCAACACACGAAUCUUGUUUCCCUUAAAGGGUACUGCAAAUACGGGUCGGAUCAGUUACUAAUCUAUUCGUACAUGGAAAACGGUAGUUUGGAUUACUGGUUACACGAACGAGUCGAUGACGAACCGCCGUUAACAUGGCGUGCGAGGUUAAAGAUAGCAAAAGGAGCCGCACACGGGUUGGCAUACUUGCAUAACGAGUCGAAAAUAAUCCACCGUGACAUCAAAACAAGCAAUAUCCUCCUAAAUGAAAAAUUCAAGGCCCAUUUAGCUGAUUUCGGGCUUUCGAGAUUACUAUGCCCUUACGACACUCAUGUAACAACCGAUUUGGUAGGCACACUCGGGUACAUUCCACCGGAAUACGCUCAAACGUUGAUUGCAACUUUCAAAGGCGAUGUUUACAGCUUCGGUGUUGUUCUUCUAGAACUUAUAACAGGGCGUCGGCCCGUUGAAGUUGGUAAGGGGAAGAAUUGCCGGAAUUUGGUUUCGUGGGUGUUUGAGAUGAAACUUGAAUCGCGAUACUCGGAGAUAUUUGAUUUGUUGAUAUGGGAUAAGAGUUGUGAGAAUGAAAUGAUGGAAGUUUUGGGCAUUGCUUGCAAGUGUUUAGAUCAAGAUCCAAGAAGAAGACCAUCAAUUGAGCAGGUUGUUUUAUGGCUUGAUCAGGUUGUGGAAAGUUUAUGUUGAAUUGUAGUUGUAAGGUUUAAAGUGUAAAGUAAUUUAGUUAUACAAGUGUUUAAUCCUACUUCUUAUGUUUAUUAUAGUGUUUCAUUGUUAUGUAGACUGCUUUAUUUUAUUUUAUGGUAGAUGUAAUAUAGCGUUAAUAUAUAUGUUUAAAAGUUUAGUCUUUUGACUUUU